UAUCCGCGGCUAGCUAUCAUCGGUCUAGCGACCGACGCCGCCGAGACGUUCACCUUGCACCGCCGGUGUCUGACAACCGACUCUACGAAAAUACUGUAUAGCGAAGAUGAUACACAUGCAAUCAGUGAUUCGGCGUAGCCUUUCUUCUACUACGCCAGCUGUUGGGAAAUUAAACAACUUUUUUGAAUUUUCAGCCAAAUUAAUAAAUGGAGAGGAAGUCAACUUCUCAAGAUUCAAGGGUAAAGUUGUGUUGGUAGAAAAUACAGCCACCCUCUGAGGUACAACCACCAGGGACUUCACCCAGAUGAAUGACCUUGUCAAAAAAUUUCAAGAUAAGCUUAUUGUACUGGGAUUUCCCUGCAACCAGUUUGGCCAUCAGGAAAACUGUUCUGAAAAAGAGAUACCGAAUAUUCUUAAAUAUGUCCGUCCAGGCAAUGGUUAUGAAGCACAAUUCCCCUUGUUUUCUAAAGUAGCCGUGAAUGGCAAGAACGCUCACCCAGUUUUUCAAUACCUAAAGGAGUGCCUUCCCUUCCCGACUGACAAUACAACAAAUUUAAUGGAUGACCCAAAGUCAAUUAUCUGGAGUCCAGUAAAACGCAACGACAUCUCUUGGAAUUUUGAAAAGUUCUUGAUCGACCAGCACGGUGUUCCCUUUAAACGUUAUAGCCCAAGAUUCCAAACUAAGGACAUUGAUGAUGAUAUUAAGAGACUUUUGAAAGCAUAGCUAAGGUCUCUGAUAAAAUAAUGAUGAAAUAAGCUAUAAAUAGCAUUUUUUGGAAGCCAUUAUCACUUUUAGCAUAUUCUUGUAAUGUGAUGACGACAUGGUCUGAAACUUCCGAAGUAGAUCAUGUCCGAUGGAUUUUUACAUGAUGUGUUUUGAUGAUGGCUUCUAAAUAAAAAAAAAUAAAUAAAAUUUAUAAAAUACCAUAAUUAAUUAUCAACUACACACCUGUAAUAUCAAUAAAAAUUG